CGGUAUCCAUCAUCAGUCACUUCAUAGCAUCCGAUCAACCUCAUCAAGAGUACCACACAAAAAAUCCAAACCGUCGGUCCGAAAUGUACAAAAUCAUCGUAGUCGUUGCCUGUUUGGCUGCUUUGGCCGCCGCUUUGCCUUACAAACCUGCCCCUGAACCACACCACGAACCAAAGGAAGCUCAUCACCAUCCUCAGUACAAGUUCGAGUAUGGCGUUAAGGAUGGACACACCGGAGACCACAAGACCCAGUGGGAACAUCGUGAUGGAGACCAUGUCAAGGGACAGUACACCCUGGAGGAAGCCGAUGGUGGCCAUCGUGUGGUUGAGUAUGAAUCCGAUGCCCACGGAGGAAUUCAGAUCCAGGUUAAGAAAGUCGGCGGUCAUGGUCCUGCCCCGAAAGUUCACGAGCCAAUUCCAGUUGCUCCAGUGAAGUCGGGAAAGACCGCUCACCACCAUGGGGGAGAAAGCUACGCCAAUCUGAAGAAGCAUCGCUACUAAUUUAGGAGACCGAAGUGUGACUGAAAUUCCCGAAAGGAACCGUUGAUCGUUUCCGGGAUGGAAUAAAUGUGAUAAUUAUUUUAUACAAAAAUAAAACAAAUUAUUUUGUCAUUGUACAAUGUA